UUCACUUUACUAAGAAAAAUGUAAUAGGGUUAUGUUUGUUCUUCUGAAAUAAUAACAGAUAUUGUAAUUGCUGAGAUAUUAAUAUUGCGAGAAUAAUUAAUUUGUAUAAAAAGGUAUCCUUGAAUUGCCAUCAUGUUAUCUCGCACAGCUGUAUUAAAAAUUGCAUCAAGAAGUAUUAGCACUUCUGUCCCCUCCAAUCAAAUUAUUAAAUUAAGUCGUUUAAGGGUUGUUGAUAACAGUGAAAUUGGAAAAAAAGCUAUGCUGGAAGGGAAACCACCACGUUGCAUUCACGUUUAUAAUAAAACAGGAGUUGGAUAUAUUGGUGACAGAAUAUUAGUUGCUAUAAAAGGUGAAAAGAAGAAAGGCAUAUUAGUUGGUUUAAAGCAAAAGCAAAAUCCGAAAGUACCCAAAUUUGAUUCCAAUAAUUUAGUUCUCAUAGACGACAAUGGCACACCUUUAGGAACACGAAUACAUGUACCAAUACCUCAUAUAUUAAGAACAUUGUUAAAAGAGAAAACUCAUAGCAAAGGAGCAGAUUAUACUAAGUUACUUGCUAUUGCAUCAAGAUUUGUAUAAACUUUGUCGAAUGCAUAGAUUUCUCUCUUUGCAAAGUUUACAUAAAAUAAGAUAUAUAAUAAAUAUCAUUUAUGCGAACUAUUGAUAUUUAUUUCGUAUCUUAUUCUUAUUUUCUAUUGUUUUCGUUGUUCUAGUAAAUAAUAAUAGUACAAUAAAAUGAAAUAAGUGUAAUUCUAUUCAAAUCAACGCGCCUUCGUAAUAAUCGAUUGUUAGAUAUGGCGACUAGCUUUUGAACCAAUAGUAACGUUUCGUUCUACUUCUACGUUUUCCCUAGAUUGUUAGUAUUCCUAUUGGAUAAAAAUAUGAAGUGUCAUACAUUAAACAGAUGUGAAAGUUAAAUAAUAAUUAUUUGAAGACAAGAUUGUAAAUAAAGAGAUCACGUUUAAUGAUCAUU